UGGCCUUGUUGACCUCCAUCCCAUAUCUCAAACCCUAACAAACGUAUCCAGUCUUUGUCCUAAUCCAGGUUGCAGGCAAAAAACAUACACCCAAAUCAUUGCAUACCCAUCUACGGCGCUGCCAUGUUUCCCUCACACCAGAACAACGAGCUCUCCUUCCAGAUUUCUUCUACUCCGUACCAAGAAACCUCAGUUCCACAAGAUAUGAUCCUGAUUCUGCAGGGUCAUACUACAGCAGAUGGCAUUGACCCAUGUAAUGAGAAUAAAAAGAGAAAAGACCAGCAGCGAAUCCCAUGUUUUAGUCGCAAGAAAGACGAGAAAUCUGCUGAAAUUAGUACCAAGAAGAUUAUGCAUAGAGAUUUUGAGAGACGAAGAAGGCAAGAUAUGACCACCCUUUACACUUCUCUUAGAAAUCUGCUACCUCUUGAAUAUAUCAAGGGAAAGCGUGCAAUAUCGGAUCAAAUCCACCAAGCAGAGAAAUAUAUAAAAGAUUUGCAAAAGAAGAUUAAACAACUUAGUUUGUACAGAGAUGAGAUGAAAAACUCAUCCAAUUUGAGAGCUCUCGGCCAUGAGGCUGAGGGUGAGAGGAUAAAUAGCUUUGCUCCAACUUCGGUAGUGGUACGCUCAUCAUUUCUUGGGGUUGAGAUCGUGAUCAGUAGUGGUGGCUUAGGGAAGCAAGUUUUUCACCUUUCAAGAGUAUUGGAAUUGCUUCGUGAAGAAGGGCUAGAUGUCGUUUGUUUUACUUCCGCCAAAGUAAAUCAAAGAGUUAUCCACACCAUCCAAUCUGAGGUACCAUUACCAACCAUAAAUCAAUGAUCACUAGCUAGGUUUAGGGUUCAAUGUUUAGUUUUGUUUAUUUAUUCUCAAGUUCUUGUCUAAGUGCAACACUCCUUUGGCUUCACAGGUCAGCUACAUGACAUGCAUUGAUAUAUCUGAGCUGCAAAAUAAACUAAUUGAAGCAAUGCCUUCAACAAGUACUGAAAAUCCCAACUAGUUAGCAAAAUAUCUGUGAACAUUAGGAAUAAAUUUCUCCAUUGCAUAGGGUAUCAUCUGAUCUUCAUGUAUGAAUAUAAAUUAUCGCACCAGAUUGCUUGUGAGAUACUGAUUAGCAUAUUAACAUCUUCAGAAGUUAUAAAAAUAACAUGGUUGCCGUGUUGCCCUCACCUUUUUCUAGCUUGGCUUC